AUGGCUGAUCAAGACAGCCACUACGAUUUCCUUGAAGAUGUCGAUGACGAGCAGUCCAUUAUCUCGACUCGCGGCUUGGAGGCAUUCGGGCGCAAAGUCACCACCACGGCCUCCCAUCUCAUGGCCCCUAAUGCCGAGGCCACCGCGCACCAUUACCAAACGGCCAUGAAGCAGGUCCACAAGCAGUUGGCUCGUCCCUCCGUACAACAGAGCGUCUUUGCCAUGGCCAGAAGGACGCCCACAGAGAUCGUGCGCUCCAGGCUCUCUACCGCCGAGAUUCAGCAUCGCGCCGUCAGCUUCCUUCCCGACGACUUGCUAUCCAACAUCCCCGAAGAUGACAAUGCCUACUCGCUGUUUCAAGGCUUCAAGGCCAGCUUCCCUGAGAUGACAGACGAGGGCAAGAAACACCGUCGCCGCGUGUCUAGGGGCAGAAAGUUGCUGGAUGACAGGGAACGAACCGGGUCCCCCGGACCUGUCGCGAGUUUGUCGUAUGUACAAAAGGAAAAGGCUGCCAUGAUGCAUGAAUUUGAGCUUCUUGGCAUUCGGAAGAGCAUGGCCAGUAGUGAGAUUCGUGAGAUAGACAACAAAAUCGCAAACUUGCAAGGCAUGCGCAAGAUUAUUUUGGAGCGACUUGCGGGUUUGGAGCAAGAAGAGGCACUUCUCGAGCAUGACAUAAUUGAUGUUGAAGGACGGUUAGAAAUAGCUCAAGCUUUAGCAGACGAAGCCGAGGUCAUUGCACGAAACACCCCGACCAAAGACGAAGUCGACCUUGUUGGCGACGCCGAUGAUCACGAUCCCGAAUUCAUGUCACAAUCCGUAUAUGACAAGCUGCCUGGCUCAACAAACAGUACACCAAGGAGACCAAAGAAGGUUCACCGUCGCAAGUCCAUGCCUAUCCUGCACGAGCAUUUCGAGGCCGGAUCCAAUAUACGGCAGCUUCGCGCGCACAAAGACACUGUAACCGCCCUGGACUUUGAUGCGCCAUUUGGCACCAUGGUGACUGCUGCUCUCGAUGAUACCGUCAAAGUUUGGGACUUGAAUGCUGGACGGUGUAUAGGAAUAUUGAACGGACACACUGCUUCUGUCAGGACAUUGCAGGUUGAGGACAACAUUCUCGCCACUGGCUCUGCCGAUGCCACUGUUCGUUUGUGGGAUUUGAGUCGGUCCAGUUAUGAUCCCCAUGGAAACAGCUACGGCAAGGAUGAGGACGAGGACGAGGAUGCCAUUGCGUUCGAAAACCCCAACGACCAGCCUAUUGAUCCUCCCGAGGACAGCAUGAACGAUUGUGAGCUAUACACCCUGCAGGCCCAUGUAGACGAGGUCACAGCAUUGCACUUUAGAGGCGACGUUCUUGUCUCUGGUUCCGCAGACAAAACAAUUCGGCAUUGGGAUCUCGAAAAGGGUCGCUGUGUGCAGACGCUGGACGUCAUGUGGGCGGCAGCUCAAGCAUCCGCCACUGCCAACAUGGACGGAGGCUGGAGACCUACCGGCCGCGCGUCAAGCAGCUCGGCCGACUUUGUGGGAGCAUUGCAGGUCUUUGAAUCAGCACUAGCAUGUGGAACGGCCGAUGGCAUGGUACGGUUGUGGGAUCUGCGAAGCGGCCAAGUUCACCGCAGCCUUGUAGGACACACUGGUGCCGUGACAUGUCUUCAAUUUGAUGACGUGCACCUUGUAACUGGCAGCUUGGACAGAAGUGUCAGGAUAUGGGAUCUCCGUACAGGCGCCAUCUUCGACGCCUACGCAUACGACAACCCCAUCACAAGCAUGAUGUUCGAUACUAGGAGAAUAGUGAGCGCUGCGGGAGAAGACGUGGUCAAGGUGUACGAUAAAGUUGAAGGCAGACAGUGGGACUGCGGCGCAGGCAUCACCGAGGAGGGCAAGAAUCCCGGCGUCGUAGAGCAUGUGCGUAUUGACCAGAACUCUUUGUUCAUCUGUGCUAAGGAGUCUACUGUCGUAUGA